AUGUACAUCGGAACAGUAAGAACUCACCGAACUUCUAUUCGGCUUCCAGCAACCAGUAUACCACCAAAACAGACAUCCUACUAUUGUAUGUUAUUUAGACUACCUAGAAAUGACACAUUCCAUCUUGUAGGAACAAAACCGAUCAUUGAUAAUAAAGAUAUAACACACCAUAUACUCCUGUUUGGCUGUAAUGAACAAGAAGGACAAAUUGUACCAUCCAAAACACCAUAUGAAUGUGGAAUGUUAGCGCACAGACAAUGUGUCAAUAUUAUUGGGACAUGGACAGUUGGAAGUGGUGGAGAUUGUUUUCACAAUGCUACUGGAUUUAAAAUUGGAUCGUCGGGAUUUCAAACUGCAGCAUUACAGAUUCAUUGGAAUAAUCGAAAUAGAAUUCCAAACAUGACCGAUUCUUCUGGACUAGAGCUUUUUUAUACUCCAAAUCUUCGACAAUAUGAAGCUGGCAUGUUUGUUGUUGGACAAGAGUAUCUGAACAUUCCACCUCGAGUUCCCAACAUAAGCUUCCGUUCGAGAUGUUCAAGUGCCUGCACUGAAGUGAUGUUUCCAAAAGGUGUUUUUAUUACAAGAGCAGUUAACCAUAUGCAUUAUAAAGGGAUACAACAAAAUAUAGAGAUAUACAGAGGAAACAAGAAAAUUAGAGAUAUAACUCAUGAAGAGGAAUAUACCUAUGACAAACCAGUCUUUUAUCAAUUUGAUCCACCAAUUAAGGUUAGUCCUGGGGAUGAAAUCAGAACUACAUGCACAUAUUCGUCCCUAUCGUCAAACGAAACUAUUUUCUUUGGUGAAGGAACAUCCGAUGAAAUGUGCUACGGAUUCAUCACAUAUUAUCCUGCUCAAAAUAUAGCACUGCCUUACUGUACAACAUGGAAAACAGUCGAAAAAUGUAAAAGAUAUAUGCCCCAGUUUGGCGGAAUAAUUGAUGGGUGUAAGUGGAAGGACUUCCUGUCUGGUGGAAACGAAUAUAUUGGAUUCAUGAUGAUAGAACUCGCUAUGCACUGUGAUACUUCCUGUUCUUUAAACUGUACUGAAAAAGUCCGAAAUCUACGAGAACACGAAUGCUUACGCGGGGAUCUAGGAGAUUUUAUGAUCUUUAAAUUACAGAGAAAAUAUCCAUCCAUUAGUUUAAUAAAAGACUGUUUUCGAGAAAACAAAAGUGACAAUGUGAAGGCAUAUAGUUUCUUUCUGUUUUUAAGUUUAGCUUUGGUGUAUUUUUCUUAGCUAACAUUCUCAUAAAAUCAAAUUCACUAUU